UCCGCCAUGUUUACAUAGGCGGCGCUGUGAAAAAUUUCCCGGCACACUUUGCGACUCCAGCAUUCCCUUUCCGGUUGAAUCGCCAUCAUGGGUAUCUCCCGUGACCACUGGCACAAGCGCAGGAAGACUGGCGGCAAGCGCAAGCCCCUGCGCAAGAAGAGGAAGUUCGAGCUCGGUCGUCCAGCGGCCAACACAAAGCUUGGCCCCAAGCGUAUCCACACGGUACGGACACGCGGUGGUAACAAGAAAUACCGGGCGCUCCGUCUCGACUGCGGGAACUUCUCCUGGGCCUCUGAGCACUGCACACGAAAGACCCGAAUCAUCGACGUGGUCUACAAUGCCAGCAACAACGAGCUGGUACGAACCAAGACGCUGGUGAAGAACGCCAUUGUGAUGAUCGACGCCACCCCAUUCCGGCAGUGGUACGAGUCCCACUACGCCUUGCCUCUGGGCCGCAAGAAGGGAGCCAAGCUGGCGGACAUUGAGGGCGGAGCCCUGGUGAAGAAGCGCAGCAAGAAGCUCGAGAAGAAGAUUAAGGAGCGCCAGAAGGUGGCCAAGGUGGACCCACUCCUGGAGGAGCAGUUCAUGACGGGCAGGGUCAAGGCCUGCAUCUCCUCACGACCUGGCCAGUGUGGUCGCUGCGACGGCUACAUCCUGGAGGGCAAGGAGCUCGAAUUCUACACGAAGAAGAUCAAGUCUAAGAAGGGCAAAUAGAGCGCAAAUAAAAUGGCACUUGAUGGCCUUUGAAAAGA